CAGCGGCCCCCGGACCCGUGCUACGACGACAGCCGUCCGCGGCGCUGCGUGCCCGACUUCGUGAACGCGGCGUUCGGGCGCGCCGUGGAGGCCAGCUCCACGUGCGGGGCGCGCGCCGCGCAGCGCGUGUGCGACGCCGGCGGCGGGUGCGUGCUGUGCGACGAGGCCACGCCGCGCCGCCGCCACCCGCCCGCCCACCUCACCGACCUCAACAACCCCAGCAACGUCACCUGCUGGCGCUCCGAACCCCUGCCGCCGCCGCGACCCGGCGCCGGUCCGGACAACGUGACGCUCACCCUGUCCCUGGGCAAGAAGUACGAGAUCACGUACGUGAGCAUCCAGUUCUGCCCGCGCUCGCCGCCGCCCGAGUCGCUGGCCAUCUACAAGAGCGUGGACUUCGGGGAGACGUGGCAGCCCUUCCAGUUCUACUCGGCCGAGUGCCGCAAGGUGUAUGGACGGCCGAACCGCGCCUCCAUCACCAAGGCCAACGAGCAGGUAAAGAUGCCGCGGAGUGAACCGCAUCGGUGGGGUGGAACCGCA